AACCUUGGCGGCGACGCAAAUUAAUAAAUACCCCAAUUAAACCCUCAUAUCCUUCACUCCAAAAUUACUUACCACACUGCUAAACAAAACCCUUCCUUUUGUCUCUGCAAUCUCCAACAAAAUCUAUGGCAGAAGAUAAUCAGGCUGUCGUUCCGUUAGCACCUCUGAAGUUUUACCCAAGAAGCGAUGAGGAAUUUGCCUUCAAACCAAUAAAACCCCGCCAAGAUAAAAGAAGUAAAUGCCUCGUUUAUGUUCUUGCUGGAAUUGUCUUCCUCAGUGUAGUCUUCCUUGUUAUUGCCCUAGUAAUGCGUCCGAGAACUCCUGAUCUCGGAUUGAGCUUGGUUUCUGUGAAAAAUCUCGUUUAUACUAAUAAUAAUGCAUCGUUCCCUUCGUUCAAUAUGACAAUACAGGCCGAGUUCACGAUCGACAAUCCGAAUUUCGGGCAGUUCGUGUUCGAGAAUGCUACUGCAAGUGUGUUGUAUAGAGGCAAGACAGUGGGCGAAGCCAAAAUAGGUGGGGGAAGAGUCAGUGCUAAAGAAACAGAGAAGAUAAAGGUUAAGGUGGAUGUGAGAUCGUAUAGAUUAUCGGAUGUUGACAACUAUAGCAAGGAUGGGAUUUUGAAGCUGAGCAGCUAUGCCAACUUCAGUGGAAGAGUUCAAUUGUGGAAGAUUGUAAAGAAGAGGAAAACUGCUUCCAUAAAUUGUAGCAUGAGUUUUAAUUUGACAAGCCCUGCUUUUGAUCUUCAGGAUUUGAUAUGUAGCUGAUAGGUAUUGAUGGUAGAUGCACGUAGUCGAUCUUCUUGGGUUAGUGUAACCCAAUUUCGUAUAGUUUUUCGAGCUUGCAAAAAUUUCCUGCUUUCCAUAGAACUUCAUUAUCUUUGGAUUGAAGAUGAUACUUGUAAAAAAUCUUUACCCUAUUUAGUUAGUAAACGAUCAUUGUUAAACACAAAAUCUUUAAUUAA